AUGAAACGCCGGUUGGUACUUGCUGUUAUGUUAUUCCAGCUUCUGAUUAUACACCACCGAACUUUAAGGAGGUUUACUGACUUUUUCCCUCUGACUGCAAACUUGGAAAAGAUCUGCUGAGUACGUGAAUACAGAAAAUAUGCAACCGUUCGAAUUAGAACAAACUGCCUAACAAAGCAGGAUUCUAAAAAUCACAUUUCUGGGGGCCUCUUUCUGUUAUCUGGGCUGUUGAUCGUGAGGGAAAAUCAACAACAUGCGAGAAGACUCCCUUAAUGAGCGAUGGAAUGUGUAUCACGGAGGUUCAGUCUAUUGUAGUCGUACUUACGCAGUGGCGGAAAGUUCUGAUCAGGAUGAUAUUGCUGGGGUUAGGAAGGGGAACACAAUGGACCUGGUGAAAGAAAGGGAAAUGACUGAAUCUAGUUUGCAAUUUUCUUAUUCUGAAGAUGAUUUUAUUUUUGAAAACAGAUGUGAUAAAAAUUCAUUGUUUGACCAGUAUUUGAAAACAAAUUGGGAAACGAAGAUGAAUAAUGGCUGUUUCAGAUAUCAGUUAAGAGAUUUGGAAACUAAGGACCUUCAAGGAAAAUAUAAUUUUAUUGUACAGUUAAAUAUCAAACGAGCAAUAGAGAGACGAACUCCACAACUUGUUUCUGAUAUCAGCAUGCCAUUUGAUAAAGACAAAUUCCAUUUUGGAAAAGUGAAUGAAAAAGAAGUUCUUUUUAUGAUUCAACCUCAGCACUGGUUUCAGUCUAAACCAGAAAGUAAUGUGGAAACCUACAAGCAUGCUUUGAUUAUUAAUGUGAGUCCCUUGGAGUUUGGCCAUAGUUUGUUGGUUCCUUGCAUUGAUAGGUUUUGCCCUCAAGUCUUGAAUUUUAAUGCACUUAGACUUGCAGUGGAAAUAAUGCUAAUCAGUUUUGACAGGGAUUUUCGAUUAGGCUUCAAUAGUUUAGGAGCAUAUGCAUCUGUCAAUCAUCUUCAUUUUCAUGCUUACUAUUUGAAGCACAGAUUAUAUCUUGAAUCUGCUCCUGUUACUCAAUUAGAAGAUCGAUGCUAUAUACUUACGUCUUUUCCAUCAGAAGGUUUUGCCUUUGAAGUAGUUAAAAAGGAAGAUAUUUUGGAAGUAGUAAGGUCAGUGAUGAUCCUUAUUGAUUUUUUGGUUGAAAAAAAGAUCCCACAUAACAUCUUCCUAACCCGUGGAAAUACUUUUUGUUCAUCCAAGGAAAAUACUGGAAUAUUAUCAGUAAGAUUAUAUGUCUGGGCUAGAGAAGCUUAUUAUGGGACAAAAAAUGAUCUUUCUUUUAAUGUAGCAGUUUGUGAAUUAGCUGGCCAUAUUCCUAUUAAAGACGAAAGAAGUUUUGAAAGUAUUGAUGAAGACAACAUAGUAGCACAGUUAAGGGAAGCAUGUCAUUGCACAUUUAUAUCCAUUAGAGAUAAAGUAAAACAACUAUAUAAUUAAUUAUUAGCAAUUAAAAAAAACUUUU